AUGGUUCCCUGUGUGUGUGGUGUGUCCCUGGCUGUGGUGGUGGUGGUGUUGCUGACCCUGGUGUCUCCUGGUGGUGCCUGCCCUAUGCCCUGCUCUUGCUACCAGCCCACUGAACUACAUUGCACCUUCAGGUCUUUGGUCAAUAUACCACAACCCCUACCGCAACACACACUGCACAUCAACCUGGGGUAAGGCCUGCGCACAAAUACAUACACACACACACACACACACACACACACACACACACACACACACACACACACAUUCCAUUGGCUGAUGCUGUUUCUCUCUGGGUACUGAAAGGUUCAACAGUAUCAGCAGGAUCCCAGACAGCUCAUUGGCCGGUCUGAGGAGGCUGGCGCUGCUGAUGCUUCAUGGGAAUGACAUCCAUGAGAUUCCUGACGGAGCGUUCCAAGAUCUGUCCUCCCUUCAGGUACUGAGGCUUAAAGAGUUGCCAUGGAGAGGAGAGGGGUCAAAUUAGCUAAUAAUUGGAAGCAAAUGUCAAUUGUUCUAUUGAGCUUAGACACUGUUAUUGUAUUGUGUUGUUGUGUUCAUUUGACUCACAUUGAUGUGUAUGUAUUGUUGUUUAUAGCUGGAGGAGUUUAUACCAUGUAUUUUCAAUUACCAUUAAUUAAUUACCAUCCCUGUCGUCGUCCCCCCCCAGGUCCUGAAGCUGAGCUAUAACAAGCUGAGGGAGAUCUCAGCAAAUAGCUUCUCAGGCCUGUCCUCUCUACAGCGCCUCCACCUGGAUCACAACUGGCUGCAGUCCCUCCACCCCCAGGCCCUGCUCCGCCUCCCCAACCUCAGACUGAUCCGGCUGCAGGGGAACCGGCUCCACCAGCUGCAUCCUCAGACCUUCUGCACUCUGUCCCUGCUGAAGACAUUCUGCUACUCCACCCUCAGGUGAGUUUUCUACAGUCUUAAUUUAUCAAUUUAUUCACUCUUAGUCAUAGGUCACGCCUAAAGAGUAGUGCACUACUUAGAGAAUAGGGUGUCAUUUGUGACUGGACUAUCCCCCUCCUCUCCCCAGGCAUCUGGACGUGUCCAACAACAGUCUGACUAACCUGCCCAGAGACACACUGAGGACCGCCCCUCUUCUGGAGUCCCUAGCUCUGCAGGCCAACCCCUGGACCUGCGACUGCAGCAUGGCUUGGCUGCAGGCCUGGAGCAUCUCUCACCUAAGUGACUAUCACACUACAAUAACCCCUAACCUUACACUAGGUUAUUGGGAUGCUUAUUUGGGUGAGGAAAUACUGAUUCUUCUCUUCUCUCUCAGGGUUGUUGAAAUGUCCGGGGCCACAGUGCCUGGUCUGUGCCUCACCCAAUCACCUGAAGGGACGUGGCCUUUUGCAGCAGAAAGACUUAUCCUGCACCUCGCCUGUAAUCGCCACCAAUCCCAGAGCCUCAUCUCAGGAGGAUGGCGAAGUUCAAUCAAUAGAAACUUUUAGAGAGGCUUUAGGCCACGCCUCCCUGGGGAUGUCCGACCAACAGGGGAAUGCCGUUGAUCUGAAGUGUAACAUCACACACUCCUCACAGACUCCUGACAUUACCCCACCACACCUUUCCUCCUCCUUCACCCCCCUCUCCAUCACGCUCUCCCUCUCCCUGGACUGUGGGGUGGAUGGGCACCGCUAUGAAAGGCUGUGGAGGCUGAUGGCCUACUACAGUGAGACGCCUGUCAGGCUUCAGAGAGAAAUCAUGUUGAGUAAAGCCCCAAGACUUGCCUACAGGUAUGAAAUUACAGAAACACACACAACACAUUCCUGUGUUAUUAUCCUCUUUACCUGUACAAUUUUGUUUUAACCCCAACACAUUCAUUUCAUGUCCUUCAGGUACAGACAGAGAGCAGAGAGAGAGGGCUACUACCAUACAGGGGUCAGGGCCAGUCUCCAAGCCCAGCCUGCCUGGUUACUGCAGCCCCAUGUCAGUCUCCAGUUCAACAGAGCUCAGUCCAGCACCCACAGUGUUAAACUGACUCUGUCCACCCUGGUGUCUGCCCCCCCAGACCUCCCAUCCCCACACCCCUGGGUCCUCAUCCAGACCAACCACACCCACACAGCUUUUACAGCAGCCGCAGACAGCCAGAUCCACCUGCCCUGCCCUGUCCUUAGCUCUACUGCAGACCUAAGCUCUGGAGAUCCCAGGCUCCAAUGGGUGUUCCCAGAUGGUUCAACAGUCUCCUCCCCCUACCACAGCUCAGAUGGUAAGGUCCGUGUGUCUGGCCAAGGGCUGAUCCUGCAGAGAGUGGAUCACUCUGAUGCUGGACUGUACUACUGCGUGGCCCGGGCGGGAGGAAAUGUCGAUGUUCUCCCCCUUCGUCUGGUGGUAGUAGAAUCAUCCAACCCUCCCCCAGGGGAGGAGCUAGGCCCUGCUGUGACUGGAUUGGUUGGAGACCCUGUCAGUCUGCCGUGCGAGGCCUCUGGUUCACCGAGGGUUGAGGUGAACUGGGUUCUUCCUGGCGGGGGAGUGGUAGGGAGUAGGAACAAGGGGAGAAGAAGGGGGGGGGGCAGGGGUGACUGUCUUAGCCAAUGGUACCCUGUCUCUCCCCUUUCCUGGGCUGGGAGACGCAGGGCUAUACCGGUGUGUAGCGGUGAACCAGCACGGUGCUGACUCUCUCUCCACCAGACUGAUUCUAACCCCACGUCCUUCCGACACCUCAUCACGCAUGACAUAUCCCAUGAGGCCACAGUCUGUGGCGGGGGUGUCCAACAGGUUACCAGCCCCUCUAGGGGGAAAGGAGGUUGAAGAGGGGGUGUCAGGAAAUGACGAAGGGGAGGAGGAGAACAUACUUCCCACCAGGGCAGGUUACACCAGGAGGAGAGGUCCUAGACCCAAAUCCCCCCUGACACGGCGCCCCCCCAUUGGAUCCCACACAGUGAGGGUGGAGGGAGGCGGAUCCCCUCAGAGGGGCAGGAGGCCCCUGAGGAGAGGCUUCCCUGUGGAGCAGAGGAGGAACAGGCUGGAGGGCCGCCGGAGGUUUAACCUGGCCAAACACAAGAUAGACCCUCAGAAAUGGGCCGACCUGCUGGCUAAGAUACGUGAAAGGACUGCCCCUAAAAUCACAGACUCCCUGUAUGUACCAUCCCCAACUAGAGCACUUACUACCACCUCAGCCCCAACUAGAGCAAAGACAACCACCUCAAUCCCAACUGAAGCAAAGACAACCACCUCAACCCCAACUGAAGCAAAGGCAAACCACAUCAACCCCAACUGAAGCAAAGACAACCACCCUAACCCCAACUGAAGCAAAGACAACCACCUCAACUCCAACUGAAGCAAAGACAACCACCUCAACCCCAACUGAAGCAAAGACAAUCACCUCAACCCCAACUGAAGCAAAGACAACCACCUCAACCCCAACUGAAGCAAAGACAACCACAUCAACCCCAACUAGAGCACAGUCAACCAGAAUACAGACAGAUAACAGACAGACAGAAAGCAAUGAGACAACCAGAAUGCAGACAACCAGAACAAAGCCAGGCAGCACACAACCAAAGACCACACAACCAAAUACCACACAACCAACUACCACACUACCAAUCACACAGACAUGA